AUGGAGCAGUCACAGUCCCGGCAGUCACUGUUGUUGUUCUUGCUGUCAGAUUUUGCAGUGGGAGCUCCUUAUGAUGACAAUAAUGCAGGCAAAGUUUACAUCUACCAUGGAGCAGUCACAGGUCUCAGCUCUGAAACAGCUGCACAGGUUCUGUCAGGCAAGUCUUUUGGAGUGAAGCAGUUUGGCUACUCUUUGGCAGGCAACAUGGACCUGGAUAAGAACUCCUACCCUGACCUGGCUGUCGGAUCCCUCUCUGACUCUGUCUUUGUCUUCAAAUCGCGUCCUGUUAUUGACAUCAAGAAGGAAAUCACGUUCACACCUAAGGAAAUCGACCUCACCAAGAAGAACUGUGGCAACAACUUCUGCUUGGAGGUUGAGACAUGCCUCACUUACACUGCCAGUCCCGAAAACUACACUCCCAAAUUGACGGUGGAAUACUCCCUUGAGGCGGAUGCUGACCACAAAAAGAGCGGUCUUAUCCCCCGGGCGAUCCUUACUGAUUCCAAAGGGACCAUCACCAUUAACAGCAAAGGAAAAAAAGAGUGCUUUAAACGUGAACUUACAAUACCGGAAAAUAUUCGAGACAAGCUGCGCGGAAUCCCCAUCGAUGUGUCCGUGGACAUCAAGGAGGCAAAGCGUAAACGCAGGCAGAGCUCCACUCAACCGCAACCUGUCCUGGACCCCAAAAAGUCAUCGCCAACUCGCUCGAUGUUGAAUUUUAGGAAGGAGGGGUGUGGCAGUGACAAUGUUUGUCAGAGCAACUUGCAGAUGAAAUAUCGCUACGGCUACAUGACAGCUGACGGAGACACGUUCACUCCAUUAGAUCUGCAGGACAACAUCAUUACAUGCCAUCACCACGGGGCCUGUGUCUUCUGUAAUGACUCAUUAGAUGAGUCACAGGGCCAGCAGGACACAGAGACCAGACUGGGCACAGACCAGCACAUUAACACACUCCCUCACUAG